GUGACAUCAAUUUAAAAUUUUAUUCUAUAAUGUCUUAUAAAAUUUACCAAACUAAAGAUGCAUUCAUAAUUUUUGAACCAGAAACAGUUCAAAAAUUAAGGGAUUUACAUAUAAUUGGCAAUUCUAUUGAUCCAUAUGUCCCCCAAAAAAUUAAGAGAAAAAAGAAAUCCAAUAACUCAUCUAAAAUUUUUGUUCCUGUUUGCUUAUUUCGUGAACAGGCAGAAUUACUAGAUAAAAGAUUUAAAGAUACAAUAACCAUUAUUGAAUACCCUAGCCCUCAAAAGAGAAAUGAAAAGUCAUUAUUUCAAAACUUGCAAUGUAAAGUUUUUGAAGAUCUUUGGCUAAAAAAUUUAUAUAUUACACCAGGAUUAAAAUUUGGAACAGAUUUUUUAGGAUACUUAGGUGAUCCUGAAUUCUAUCAUUCAUCAUUUAUAAUAUUGUGCUAUCAAAAUAUAAAGAAUACACUUGAAAAUGAUAUCCAAAACAUUUUAUGUUUAGAAUCAAUACUUGAUUUUAUUAUAUUAGCAAGAUUAGCCACUUCAGUAAAAAAGAUGUUUAUAUUAGCUUAUGAAAAACAGAAGGUUGACAAUGAAUAUCAAGAUGCCAAUUUAAAAACAAAUAUGGAAGAAAUUGAUCAAAACAUGACAAAAUAUUUGUGCUUUGAAUGGAUCAAUAUUUAAAAUGAUCUGUUAGGGUUAAAAUGAUUAAGAAAUGGAAAAAGUAAUCUUGUUAAAAGAUUACGAUCAUAAGAUUAAAGGUAUGGUAAGAUUAGUUUAAUGAAUGAAAUAGCCAUAAAAGACCGAUAUUUAAUAAUGGUAAAGCAUGUUUGAUUAUGAUCACUUUAACUACUUAUAUCAACUUGGGAUGCCACAUUUUGUCAAAUCUUGCAGACACUUGAGUUAAAAUACCAAAGAAAAUAGAUGAAUGUGAUAAUCAAUGAUUUAAUAUGGAAUAUUUAAGUUUAAAUGUUAAAAACAAAAAUUGUAUUUUAUUAAUGAUUUAAUAAAGUGAAUUUUGCAAACUUUACUCCAUCUAUUGUUAAAAAAUGUAAAAAAAAACAUUAAACAAUUUUAUAAGUGACACCUUUUUAUGGGUGUUACGAAGAU